UCCUGCCCCCCCCACCCGGUGCGGACGCGAAGGAGACCCGCCCGGCGGCCCGUUGCCAUGGUGUUCUACUUCACGUCCAACGUUGUUCCUGGCGCUGCUUACACAAUUUACAUGGGAAAAGAUAAAUACGAAAAUGAAGACCUAAUAAAACAUGGCUGGCCGGAAGAUAUUUGGUUCCAUGUGGACAAGCUCUCCUCUGCCCAUGUGUACCUCCGGCUGCACAAGGGGCAGACAAUGGAGGACAUCCCAAAGGAGGUUUUGAUAGAUUGCGCCCACCUGGUGAAAGCCAACAGCAUUCAAGGCUGCAAAACGAAUAAUGUCAGCAUUGUGUACACUUCCUGGGCCAACUUAAAGAAGACGGCAGAAAUGGACGUGGGGCAGAUCGGGUUUCACAACCAGAAGGACGUGAAGAGUGUCACGGUGGAGAAGAGGGUGAACGAGAUCCUGAACCGGCUGGAGAAGACCAAAGUGGAGCGGUUCCCGGACCUGGCUGCCGAGAAGGAAUCCCGCGACCGGGAGGAGAGAAACGAGAAGAAAGCCCAGAUCCAGGAGAUGAAGCGGAAAGAGAAGGAGGAGGUGAAGAAGAAGAAAGAGAUGGAAGAGCUCAGGAGUUACUCUUCCUUAAUGAAAGCGGAGAACAUGUCCUCCAACCAGGACGGCAACGACUCAGAUGACUUCAUGUAAACCAAGGCACCCUCCUCUUGGACGAUGAAGACAGACCUGAGCUCUUCGCUGUCGGUGCCAAAAAUAAGCAAGCGAACUUGGGAGUCUCUGUGCCCGUUUCAUCAUUCUGGCCGGCGUCCGGGAGGAGGUGGGCGGCUCCCCUUCCUGGACAGACGCUCUGUGGCUGCCACCUUCCAGUUCCAGAGCCGCGAGGAGGCGUGUACCUUUCCAGGGGAACUUAGGGAGGUGCUGGCGGCUGUGGCUUUUCAUGCCGGAAGCCUCCUGGGGAGCAGACCGUGACCUUAGAAUCGGAGUCUGUGACCUGAGUCUUCAUUUCACAGUGUUUGGGUUUAGGGUAUUUUUUUCUUAAGUGAUGGGUGUGUGGUCCCCUCCUCCCUUUGGUCGAGUGCACCUGUGUCAAGAGUUUGGUUCUCUCUUUAAACGCUGUAGGAACCUGCUCAGCACAGCUGCAUCGCCCGUGCUGUAAAAUGCUUGCCUGGAUCUCAAGAGCAUCACUCAUUUGAGCAGUCAUGUAACCGUAGGGAUGGGACGGGAUGGGACUUCCAUUCCAGACCCCACAAAGCUCACUGCCCCUGUUCAAGUAAAACUGGACUUCCGUGUGAUCUCUGUGCAGACCACUGGUGCCCUGAGCGAGGCCGGCUGUGGGAUCAUCCCAGGGCUCUGGUGGCAGAAUUGGACCUCUCCACCCUCGGCUACCAGCACUUGCCUUGUGAGGGACUCCUUGCUUGCUUGCUUCUCUUCUGCCUGUUGCCCUAGUAGCAGCAGCUCAGGAAAAGCUCUCCUUUGACCGUUCCCUCCAUAGCAAACUUUAACUGCUCCUUUUUCACUCUUUUUUUAAAGGCUGGCAACGUGA